CUGGCGCACCUCUUGCCGGCUCCGGCCAUGUACAGCAUGCUGGAGACUGAGAUCAAGACGCCGCAGCCCACGCCGGGCAGCGCCGGGGGGAAUCCCGCUCCGGGGGGCAACGGCAAAGCCGGCGGCGGCGGCGCCAGCAACGGAGCGGGGGCCGGCUCGGACCAGGACCGGGUGAAGCGCCCCAUGAACGCCUUCAUGGUGUGGUCGCGGGGCCAGCGGCGGAAGAUGGCCCAGGAGAACCCUAAAAUGCACAACUCGGAGAUCAGCAAGCGCCUCGGGGCGGACUGGAAGCUGCUGAGCGACGCCGAGAAGCGGCCCUUCAUCGAUGAGGCCAAGCGUCUGCGGGCCGUGCACAUGAAGGAGUAUCCGGAUUACAAAUACCGGCCCCGUAGGAAGACCAAGACUUUACUGAAGAAGGACAAAUAUUCCCUGCCUGGCAACCUGCUGGCUCCCGGGGGGGGCAACGCGGUGAGCAGCCCUGUCGGGGUGGGACAGAGGAUUGACACUUAUGCCCACAUGAACGGCUGGACCAACGGGGCUUACUCCCUCAUGCAAGACCAGCUGGGCUACAGCCAGCACCCGGGCAUGAACAGCCCCCAGCUGCAGCAGAUGCACCGUUACGACAUGAGCGGCUUGCAGUACAGCCCCAUGAUGUCCACGGCCCAGACCUACAUGAGCGCCGCUUCCACCUACAGCAUGUCCCCGGCCGCCUACGGCCAGCAGCCCUCCUCGGCCAUGAGCCUGGGCUCCGUGGGCUCCGUGGUGAAGUCGGAGCCCAGCUCGCCGCCUCCGGCCAUCACUUCCCAUUCGCAGAGGGCCUGCCUGGGCGACCUGCGGGAUAUGAUCAGCAUGUAUCUCCCCCCGGGGGGCGAUGCCACAGACCCUUCCGCCCUGCAGGGCAGCAGGUUACACAGUGUCCACCAGCACUACCAGAGUGCCGGGACUGGCGUCAAUGGUACCGUACCACUAACUCACAUAUAA